GAGGAGCUUUUUGAACGUGGAGACGAAGAACGUGAUAGAGGCACGCGUCAACCCGAUUCUGAUUCUGACUCCUCUAGUGAAGAGGACGAAAUCAAUGAUCCUCAUGCGGCAGCUGGAGAUAGAGGUACUAAAGCACCGACCAACGUUCCCUAUUUCCCCGCCGUCGUCGACAACCUUUCCGAAACUGCGAGACUUACCCUGCUAAACGACCAAAAUCUCGCUGGGAUGUCGCAGCGGCAACGGAUGAGCUUCUUGCAGGUUCUGAUCCACGAAGCGGUUCGGAAGGUCAACAAAGAUUUUGAAGCAGUGCACAAGGAAUUCGAAGACUGUCGGGCCGAAAUUCAGAAAAUCCGGGAGGAAAGGGUUGUGCGGAUCCUCCGCUCGCAAAUCAUCGUUGGGGCGACCAUCGUCGGCGCGUCCAUUCACACAAAGGUGCUGCAGAGGCUCAGGCCGGACGUCGUGGUCGUCGAGGAGGCCGCGGAAGUCUUGGAGCCGCUGUUGCUACCGUGUUUGGGACCCUGGGUGAAGCACUUGAUCAUGAUUGGAGACCACCAACAAUUGCCGCC